GUUCAUGUCUGCAUGAUGUCAAAACGCAAACCUCGAAACGCCCGCCACGAAAUGUUGCUCCGCGAGAGUCCAAUCAGAUUCCAGACGUACCGCGCAUGCGCCGUGUGCGCAGAUUCAAACAACAUCGGAAAGUGGGCCAAAGGACGGUGAUAGAAUGGCUAUAGAAAAGGGGCCCAAAGGACACACAUUCAGCCUGUCUCAAAUCCUCCUCAUCUAUAGAGGUGGGUGUUGGUAAAACAGCUUCAACUGGAGCAAGUCGCGAUGACUAUGCGAUCCACUGUGUUCACGAGUGGAGGACACAGACUGGACACGAGCCUCAGCAAGAAGCCAUCGAGAGCCCAUGAAUCCCUGAAGAAGGAGAGUCAAGACUUCGCCACCCAUGUGCUGAGCACCAUCCACAACAGCAUAAAUCAAAAGCAUCCCCUGCACAGCAAAGCAAAUAUCAGCCGCCGGAACGUGUUGAGCUCCCCUGACCAAUCUCCAAAAGGGAACCUCGGGCAGGAGGAGAACUGGGAGACGCUGGGGGCCUUGACACUCCCGUCAACCAAGCAGAUGGGGGCCGAAGGUUCCCCGGUCAAGAGCAAAUCACUGUUUUGUCAGGCCAGUCAAAAGCACGUGGGGAAGAUGGAUCCCACGGUAUCAAAUGGCAGCAAUCAGCGGAGAGAAGUGGGGGCGGUCGUGGGGGUCCCCUCACCAGAGAACAGUCCCGAUGGGAAGCGUCGUAAUGAGAGGAAAGGCUCCGGCCUCGUGGACACGCAGACCAGCUGCAUCCGACAGAUCCUGCUGCUGCAACUGGAGCUGAUUGAACAGCAGCAGAAGCAGCUGCACAACAAGAGCAAAGAGAUCGAUGACCUCAAAGCUGAGAAAGAGAUGCUAAUGGCCCGAAUUGAACUCAUGGAGCGUCGGCUGCAGAUGGUGAGAAAAGAGGGUACGCAGUCCCGUCCUUCUCAGGCACCUCGUCGAAAGGAACCUGAGGCUGCUGCCACAGAUGACGUCCAGAAAUCUGAGGGACGGGUCCAAACCCCAAAGCAGAUGCACUUUGGAAGAAAAGGAAAAAGCCUGAAAAGGAGGUUUCUUUUCCAGGACUCCCGGAUGAGUAGGUCACGACGUGGGCAGCCCAGGUCACCACCACCACCACAGGAUGGCCCAGCUCAGAAGGAGGAGCCCCAGGAAGAGACGGAGCCUGAAUUUCAGUCUCAGUCAGAGGAACUGCCCUACCUGACUACCACAGAGAUGUACCUGUGCCGCUGGCAUCAGCCGCCUCCGUCCCCUCGUCGAGACCCCUCACCUGUGCAUGAGGACACAGUUGCAGUUCCUUCUUGGCGGGAGAGUAUCUUAGAGCCAUUGGGGCAGAAAGAGGCGUCGGACAUCCCUGAGUGUCUAGAUGAUAAUGUCUUUCUGAAGAGGCAUUCAAAACUUGAGCUGGAUGAGAAGAGGAGGAAGAGGUGGGAUAUCCAGCGUAUUCGUGAGCAGAGGAUGUUUCAGCGCCUGCAGCAGAGGAUGAACAGGAGGAAGGUCAUUCAGGAGAGUGAACCAGAGCUGCGCUCCUUCUAUCCAGACCCUGAGGAUGUGGAGUCUAUUAUGGUGACCCCCUUCCUGCCAGUGGUGGCUUUUGGAAGACCUCUGCCCAACCUGAAACAGCAGAACUUUGACCUGCCCUGGCUGGAUGAGCGUAGUCGCUGUCGAGCAGAGGUGACUAAGAAACGGACGCCUCAUCGAACAUGUCGCAAAUGAAACCGUCAGAAGGAAGCUCCUUCCGAAAUCUUAGCCUUGUGGUCUCAUCCACGUACACACCUGUAUUGCACUUUGGAUCUUCAGAAGCAGAUUGAAGGGUGAAUUUUGGAUCUCCCUGAAGCCCCCUGCAAGCUCUCCUAACAACACACCCAUGAUCAUAGUGCAGAGUAAAACACUUCAGUGUUUACGAUUGUGUC